AAAACAUCCUACAUUUUCAGUUUUCCCCUUUCACAAUCACUAUUGCAAAACCCCUCAUUCUCUAUUACCCUCUCUCUUCAAAAAUGGCAUCAAAGUUCUCACUCAUUCUCUGUAUUCUAGCAAUCUGGACCCUUGAUUUAGCUCAAGGUGGUUCAACUCAUCAUCAAGCUCCAGCACCAUCAGUUGACUGCACAAACCUUGUCUUAACCAUGGCUGAUUGUUUGUCUUUUGUAACAAAUGGUAGCACAACAAACAAACCAGAAGGUACUUGUUGUUCUGGUUUGAAAUCUGUUCUCAAAACUGCUCCUUCUUGUCUCUGUGAAGCAUUCAAGAGUAGUGCUCAAUUUGGUGUUGUGUUGAAUGUUACUAAAGCUACUUCUCUUCCUGCUGCAUGCAAAGUUUCUGCUCCUUCUGCUACUAAAUGUGGAUUGUCUGAAGUGUCUGAUGCACCUGCUGCUGCUCCUGUUGAAGGUCUCUCUCCACAAUCAUCUGCAACUUCUCCAACAUCUUCUGAUGCAUCUUCAAGUUUGAAUGGUGCUGUAAAUGAGCCAUCUCCAGCUCCAGGACCAUCUCUAGGGAGCACAGCUUCAGGACUGUUCCCAAUUUCACUUGGAUCCUUACUUGUUUGCCUAUUGGUGGCUACAAUAUCACUUUUUUGAAUGAGUUUCAUCAUUUUAUUUUGAGAUCAGAUAUUACAUGAGGGUUUGUUUUCAUGCUUUCUUUUGAGGUUUACCACUAUGAGUACUUAUUUUAUGUGACUUAUUAAUUAGUAUAAAAUUCAUUCUAGGAGUGACCAAACUUAUUUUAAGCUUGUACCCCUUUUUAAUAUUAUAUAAGUCUAUUUAUUAUAUUAAUAUAACAAUUUGAAUUUCCAUA